CGCUGGAUUUUGUAUUGCUGAGGUGAACUUUGAUGUUCAAAACAUCGAAGCACUCAAUGUAUCACCAAACAAUACACAGCCAAUGGCGGACAGAGACAACAAGGAAGAUAACAUGUCAAUCGCGUUCUCUACCGGACUAUGCAUUGCAGAGAUAAAUUUUGACAUUGAAAACACAGAAAAGGUAUCUGAUUCAUCAGACUACCUAGAGCCAAUUGAAUUAGAUUCUGGAACACACACACUGCAAGACGAGAAAACCGACAUUGAAACAUACGAAACAUUGCAAAAUGUCACCGACACCAUGGUUAACAUUCCCAACAUUGAGACCGCCAAUGAAUAUUCCAUUCAAGGUGAAGAUGCUGGUUUCAAUAUUUGUUUGGCAGAUCUGAACAACUUCCAAGAUAUUUUGUCAGAAGUUGAAUAUAUGGAAGAAUCUAUAUUAGACAUCGGGUAUUCCUCAAGCAAAGAAUACGAACGAUUGAGGACGUCUACAGAGAUCGUCAUGAAUGCACCGGAGGAAAAGCACAGGGAAGAAACAACAGUCAUGUCUGCUGAUACAGGACUCAAUGUUUGUUUUGCAGAACUGCAAAAUUUUGAACAACUGCUCUUAGAAUCUGAGACAGUGGAAGAGACAGCAUCGGACAAAUCACAUGAAAGUCAUUAUGACACAAUUAAGAUCGACGUCGACGUCAACCAUAGCGAUGAUUCUGACACCAUUUCUGAGUGAUCACAGAGAUGACAUCCUAAUGGCCGGGUAUAAAGAGAACCAUCUAGCGAAUUUUAUGAAGAUAUCCAUCAAAAGACAUGGUAUGCAGAGAACCAGCUUAGACUUUGUAUACAGAGAACCAGCCAAGACGUAGUGUAGAAAGAACCAGCUAAGUCUUGGUAUACAAAAAUGAAAAUCAGUGUUUUGUAAAGGCUACAUAAAUGACAGACAUAUAUUGAACAAUUCAGUAUGCUUUAUGGAAAUUCUAUAUCAUUAUCACAUGUUUGUUUUAUUUUGUACUUCUUGUGUCUUGGGUAGUCAACAGCACACUUUUAUGUGUGGGUAUUUUUCUAAUUAGAAAAACGUACUUAUUCACACACCGAAUGUAGGGUUUUGUUUUGGAAAUUUAUUGAAAACCAGAAGUUUUCGUUGAAAAAAAAAUGCAUUUGAUUUUUACAAUUCAUUGAUGUACCUUUUCUGACACGAUAUAAACGUUUGAUUUGUUUACUGUAAAUACUUGUAUUAAGACAUGAUUGUACAAUCUGUCGACAUAUGUUUAUGCUGUUAUACAAUUUGCACAUAUUUUUCACUGGAUAUAUUGAUUUCAUUUUAUGCGUAUUUGUGUUGAGCUAUAUGUAUUUAUGCAGACUUCUGUCGUUGGUAUGGAUGAACAUCGUAUUGUCUCCAUAACUAGCAAAAAACAAAAAAAAAAAAAAAAAAAAAGAAGAAAGGACACAUUCAUUGAAGAUGGGAGAUGACUUUGUUAUUAUACUAUCAUUCUGUAAAAGAAAUAUGCUCAAUAUACUAACAAAGCUAUUGCUUUUGUGAACGUUUGGCUUUGGGUUUUUGUGUUGGAAUUCUUAAGAUGACAACCUAAGCAAAUAUCUCCCAUUGAUCUAACAAUACAUUUUACAUGUAGUUUGUUUAAAAAAGACCUGUCUGUAUACUCACUGUUUGUUGUCCUCCCUUGUUUUUAUUAUUUACAUGUAAUAAUCUAUGCAACUUUGUGUUUUUUCUGCUGUAUGUACAUUUAUGUAUGUGCUUCGGAUAUAUAUAGUUUCAUAUUCAUGUUUAAAAAGGAUGUCAGCCAGUGUGAAGAUGUAUUACUCCUCGUUAAAGAAAUGAUAUUUAAUACACAAGUUUCUGAUUAGAUAUAUAACCAUGUAGUAUGUAGAUUCAAAGUUUUUUAUCCCCAGGUUUCUGUAUUCAAAAGAAUGGUUUGAAGUUUUAAAUGUAAGUUUAUAGGAAAGUUCGCUAAAACAUGUAUUUUUAAUAACCAGAAGGCUACUUUUCCAAAAUAAAUAAAUAAAUAUGCAAACAUCCUAUUGCACGGCAAAUUCAAUAGCACCCUAAUCAUUUCAACUGGGAUUAUAGUGGGGGUUACAUGACUUAGAUCAAUAUCGAGAAUUAAUGUUUCACAUAAAAAUAGUUCAGUUGAGCAAUAUGGAUCACAGAUGAUAUUUCACUUUUCUUCUUGAAAGUAUCAUGAUUACUACUACUACUACUGCAAGUACGACUACUAUUAUUAUUAUUACUACUACUACUACUACUACUACAGUUACAACUACUACUACUAUCAAUAUUACUACUACUACUAUUAGUAUUACUACUAUUACAACUACUUCUACUACUACUACUAGUUUUAUUAUUAUUACUACUUUUACAACUACUUCUACUACAUUGUACUUCUAUUAUCAUUGUUGUUAUAUGGAUGUAGUAUUAUCACUGCUAUCUUUAUCAUUACUAAUAUUAUCACUACCCUUAUUACCAAGGUUAUUAUUAUCAUCAUUGCAUGUUGUUUUUUCCCAUUGCUGUUAUUUUUAUUAUAAUCAUUAUUAUCAUUGAUUGUUAUACUAUGUUGU